GCAUUGACAUUUGUAGUGUCUUGACAUAAUUCAGCUGCCUAGAUGCAUGUGGUAACAUUCUAUCACAAGGGACGUUAAUGUGAAUACAGAAUGAGCAAUCUAAAAAAGUGUAAAGCUACUCAAAGAUCUCAAUGCAGUCGAGAUCCCAGACAUCGCAUGAUGCCCGUGUCGCAGCCAGUGCGUGCCAAGAGUUUGUUACGCGCAAACUUAGAAAAUUCUCGCGUGCGAGUCUUGCAGAGCAGGAUGCCGAACAUCAAGGUCUUCAGCGGCACCUCGCAUCCGGAUUUGGCCCAGCGGAUCGUGGAUCGGCUCGGCAUCGACAUUGGCAAGGUUGUCACGAAGAAAUUCAGCAACCUCGAGACAUGCGUGGAGAUAGGAGAAUCUGUUCGUGGAGAAGAUGUGUAUAUCGUGCAAAGUGGAAGCGGUGAAGUAAAUGACAAUCUAAUGGAGCUCCUGAUCAUGAUCAAUGCUUGCAAAAUUGCCUCAGCAUCUCGAGUGACAGCAGUUAUUCCUUGUUUUCCUUAUGCAAGACAGGACAAAAAGGACAAGGGCGGUGAUGGUGGAGACUCUAAAAAUCAGAUUGUCAUGAAGUCGAACGAGUGGAAAUUCAGGAGCCGUGCGCCCAUUUCUGCAAAACUAGUGGCGAAUAUGCUUUCCGUCGCGGGUGCUGAUCACAUAAUCACAAUGGACCUGCAUGCUAGUCAAAUACAAGGAUUCUUCGAUAUCCCGGUAGACAAUUUAUUUGCUGAACCAGCUGUUUUGAAGUGGAUCAAAGAGAAUAUCGUUGAGUGGCGAAAUAGUAUCAUUGUCUCUCCUGAUGCGGGUGGUGCUAAAAGAGUCACAUCUAUCGCAGAUCGAUUAAAUGUUGAAUUCGCGCUUAUCCAUAAAGAGAGGAAGAAGGCAAACGAAGUCGCUAGUAUGGUGUUAGUCGGAGACGUCAAAGACAGAGUUGCGAUCCUCGUUGACGAUAUGGCUGAUACCUGUGGUACUAUCUGUCACGCAGCGGAGAAACUUUUGGAAGCUGGUGCCACCAAAGUUUAUGCAAUACUUACACAUGGCAUAUUCAGUGGUCCUGCAAUUAGUAGGAUUAACAAUGCUUGCUUUGAGGCUGUAGUAGUGACCAAUACUAUUCCUCAAGAUGGUCACAUGAAGGAUUGCCCAAAGAUUCAGUGUAUUGACGUCUCGAUGAUGUUUGCCGAAGCCGUUAGACGGACUCAUAACGGUGAAUCUGUAUCGUACCUGUUUUCAAAUGUACCGUAUUAGACAAAAAAUCUUCCGUAUCUACCUUUUCUCAAACUGCGCAAGAAAAAUCAUUUGUUUAUUAUUAUUGUUAGUUAAAGAUAACUUCGUCUACCUGCUAGUCAGGUAGGUAUAUCUGUGUCCUAAUUCCAAAUUGAGAUUACUUGAUCUAUUUUUUCACGAACAUCUAACAAAUGUGACAUAGAUCAAUAUGGAAUCAUAAUGAAUUUUUAGGAUAGAAUAGAUAUAUAUUUUUUCUUUAAAACUUAGUAAUCCAAGCAUUAUCCGAAUUUAAAAAAAACCAGGAACAAUGCAUAAUGCUUUUAGAAUUUUGUUGUGAUUGAAUUUAUAGCUUCAGCUCUAUAAAACAAAUGACAUCGCAUCCUUUUUAUCUACUUAGAUUUAAAAAAUAAGAGAAAGAUCGGAUCUCUGUUAUGUGACGAGAUCACUAGUUAUUUAAUGGAUCGAAAUUUUUGUAAACUAUGAAUAAAAUGUCACCAAUGCACAUAA